UGCGUCAAAGAAGCUGACUAAAGUUAUAAGAAAGAUCCAGAAGUGUUUGGACUGAUUUAUUCCUUCACAUACACCCACGUCGCUUACACAUCCACAGCGAGAGAAAGAGAAGGCUGUAUUUCUGCGAUUAAUUUGGAGUUAGCAGCACUUGCAAAAGGCGUCAUCAGAGCUCCAGUCAUGGCUGAAGUGGAUGACAGUCAGUUUUCUCUGAUGAGUCUGGAGGAUGAGCUGACCUGCAGUAUCUGUCUGAGCCCCUUUAACUGUCCGGUGACCAUCCCCUGUGGACACAACUUCUGCCAGGACUGCCUGCUGUCCCACUGGAAGAACUCCUACAGCUGUCCUCAGUGUCGGACCGUCUUCCCAACCAGACCUGAGUUGAAGAAAAACACCGUCAUCAGCACUAUUGUAAAUACCCUCAACCUCAGGUCCAACAAAAGCGAAGCCAGCCAGGACAUGGAGGAGAGCAAAGAAAAGGAGACAGAUGAUGUCAUACGCUGUGAUACAUGUAUGGAGGCAGAAGCGUCCCAGACCUGCCUGACCUGCAUGGUCUCUUUCUGUGAGGAGCACCUGCGACCUCACAGAGAAAAUCCCAAAUUUAGUGCCCACCAGCUUUGUGACGCUGUCGGGGACCUGUCGGAGCAUCUCUGUAUGGACCACCACAAGUUAAUAGAGUUUUACUGCAGCGAACAUGGCCGUCCAAUCUGCAGCCUUUGCCUGCAACAGGUCCACAAAGGCUGCCCCUUCAUUUCACCUGAGGAGCAGAGGAACCAGAAAGAGUCUGACCUUAGGGACAAGCUGGGUUUGCUGGACACGAAGAUUGAGAGGACUGAGACUGUUUUGUUCCAAAUGAAAGACGUGCAGAGCAAGCUCAAGGAUGCUUCAACCAAAAGGAAGACGGCGUUGGCAGGGAUGUAUCAGCAGAUACGGGAUAUGUUGGCUUUAGAGGAACGUGAGGCCCAGCAUGAGGUGGACCGGGAGAUGGAGAUUGGUCAGACCAAAGUGCAGGACUUCACGAAGAGGUUUACUGAGAACGCUGAGAACAUGAGAAAAGCCAGAGAAAAUAUCAACAGUCUGCUUGGUCAAUCCCGGACCCUGGCCUUUCUACAGGCCUCCUUUGACUUGCCACGGGUUGUGAACUUUGACCCUUAUGCCCCUCGAAUCAACCUGGACACCAAGAAGGUGACAGCAACACAGGCCUUUGCUGCUGCGCUGAAGGAGCAUCUGACUGAGCUCUUCAAACAGCCUGUUGAAGACAGACUACUGGCUCUAAAACCAGAUGGAUCUGAAAGUUCUGCAAGUGCUGGACCUGAAUCUGAUCCACCAGAGCAGAACAGUCCAGGUCGUGCGCCCAUCCAGCCAAUCUUCCAGCCAUAUCCUGUCCCUGUUUAUUUUCCUCCAGAUGCAGGCUGGAAUUCAUCCCAGUAUGCACAGUCCUCUCACCCUCAUAGGGGUCCACCUUUCAAGGCAGGACCAAAGACAAGUAAGAUAUCGAAUCAGCACAAUGUUUUAUUGAUCAUGACAGCGUGAUGAAAAGAUCUCCAUAUUGAUCAUAUUUAAUUUAGCAUUCAUCCGAUGACUUUUCCCAAGAAGAUGAUCAUGAACAAGUCAAAUCAAACCAACCAACUCCACACACAAAAAUACACAACAAAACACAAUACUUACCCUUUUAGCCAAACUUAGCUUUAAAGGCGAGAGAACCCAAUCAGUUCGAAUGGAUCCCAAAGAAGGCUGCAAAUGUGUGCAAGACCGACAACACACAGAAGGAACACACUUUGAACUAGCUCUGGAGAUACUUUAGAUGUAGCGGUCCAGGUUUUGUGAUCUGUCUCUGAGGUUUUCACUCAAACACACUGUGUAUGACGUACUCAAGGUAUUUUGUAUUAUGAUCAAAUAGGUGAACAGAAAAUGUGAGGAUAAGCUGUUAAGCAAAUGACAUGUUCCCUUUUUCUUUACACAGACAAGAAAAAUGAUUCCAGUCACCAGUCGUCCCAAAAACAAGAUAAAAAGCCCCCCGGUGCUCCAGGUGGAGGUAAACAGGGUGCCAAACAGUCUGAUUUCACUAAGAAAGACAAAGACCAUCCUUCAUCUGGAAAAUCCACUAAAGGCAAUCCUUCAUCUGGAAAAUCCACUAAAGGCAAUCCACGGCCUCACAAAAAAGAGUAGAUGCAGUAGCAGAUGUAUUUGCUCUUUUAGGUGGAGGUUAUCAGUAUAUCACAUGAUGGGGAGUACACUUGUCGCUUUGCAUUGUGCAUUAAAAGGCUUGUUGAGUAAUGACA